AUGAAUAGAACAUUUCAAUUAGAUACACAAUCACCUACAGGUAAUCCAAUAGGGGGUGGUGCUAAUGGUGGAGUACCAAAAGGAUUAUUAAAAUAUAUACCAGAAUCGGUACAACCAUUAUUUGAGAAUCCUUUAUUCUCUGCAGGUUUUGGUUUAAUAGGUGUUGGUGCAGCAGCAACAUUUGCAAGAAAAGGAUUUCAAUCUGCGCUGAUCAAUGCUAGACGUUAUUGCUUUGUAUCGGUUGAAGUACCAAGUCACGAUAAAUCAUAUCAUUGGUUGAUGGAAUGGUUGGCUAAAAAGAAACAAAAAAGCACUAGACAUGUUAGUGUAGAGACAACGCUUUCACAUCACGAGAGUGGUGAUAUUGUAUCGACCAUUAACUUUGUUCCAUCGGUUGGUUCUCAUUACAUUCUCUACAAGGGUCGUGUUCUUCAUGUAGAGCGUGUUCGUGAAAAGAAUGUGGUCGAUAUGGCAUCUGGUAAUCUUUGGCAAUCGAUUACGCUCACCACAAUGGGAUUCAACAGAAAUAUAUUUAAAACAUUGAUUCAAGAGGCUCAGGAAAUGUCAAUCAAUCACGAAGAAGGCAAAACAGUCAUCUAUCACACACAAGGCAACGAAUGGAGAAGAUUUGGUCACCCACGUGCACGUCGUCCAUUGAAUAGUGUCAUUCUCGACGAUGGCCUUUCCGAUCAAAUCAUUCAAGAUGUUCAGAAAUUCCUCAACAAUUCACAAUGGUACACUCAAAGAGGUAUCCCCUAUCGUAGAGGUUAUCUCUUGUAUGGUCCACCAGGCACUGGAAAGAGUAGUUUUAUUACUGCUUUGGCCGGUGAAUUAAAACUCAGCAUUUGUAUAUUAAAUCUUGCAGGCAAGAAUGUUAGUGACUCGACACUCAACCAACUGCUCAGUUCGGCGCCACAAAGAUCGAUCAUUCUUUUGGAAGAUAUUGAUUCGGCCAUUGACACCAACCCACACCAACUCGAAGAACAACAAGACGCCAAUGGCAAUGUAGUCUAUCAGUACCAAUACAACAGCAAAUACAAUUAUACUGCUCCAGCAUCCAAUUCUAGCCAACUUACCUUUAGCGGUCUCUUGAAUGCAUUGGAUGGUGUUGCUGCUAGCGAAGGAAGAAUUUUGUUCAUGACCACCAACCAUCUUCAAAAACUCGACAAGACACUUAUUAGACCUGGUCGUGUAGAUCUAACCAUUCACAUGGGAUUGGCAACUUCCUAUCAGAUCAAUCAAAUGUAUCUAAAGUUCUUCCCUAAUCAUCAAGCCCAAGCCGAUCAAUUCGAAUCUCUUGUAGCAUCGGAAACCGUUUCUCCUGCUCAAUUACAAGGUCAUUUUAUGAAAUAUUCAGAAGAUCCAAUGGAUUCUAUAAAUCAUAUUAAAGAAUUAAUAAAAUAA